AUGAUGGCACCACAGCGGCCGUAAGCUGACACAAAGAGCGGAAGGAAGACGCACAGUCAUUGUGGUGUGUGCCGUGUUCUCUCAGUGACGUGUUUCCCUCGUUGUCGAGCGUGGAUCGUCCAUUGUGUCACCGGGGCCCCCCGCCGCUCGUCUCCUGCCCCAGGUGAGGACGGACAGGCCCCCUUCACACAAUACGCGCACUCGUGGGUGGCUUUCUUGGGUCUUCUCAGGUCAUCGAAGCCAUCAUUGAGUCAGGAUGAGGGUCGUUUCUACCAGUCGGAAGACGCAGCUCAUUUGGCGCCAUUCUAUGAGCAGAGGUACGCGCUGCCAGCACACCAGCACGGCAACCUCUGAGUUUCAUCCCCGUCUGUGUCGUAUGGUGUCAGCUCUUCGUACGAUGUCUUCCCGUCGUCCAGCAGCUACGACUACCACCCCAGUGAGCCAGCUCCCUCAUCACCGACACCACCACCACCACCACCAGCAAGUGCACCAAGUGCCGCUCCUUCUCAGCCACUUGACCAAUCGUACGCCACACCCUCACUCAGACAGGGAAAAGGCAGCUCUAUCUCGUUUCCCUUGUCAGCUAUGAGUGGGGCUAUCCCUUCAGUGGCCCAUUCGACGAUUCAUCGCAAUACCACCGCACAGAGGCAGAGUACGCACACGCCAAUGAGCAGCUAGCUCGUCACCCACCUGCAUCGCGUGUCUCGAUUGGCAGGCCUUACGAGCCUGAGUGGCCGUCAUGGGCUGACGAGGACAUCCCUGACAGUGAGGUGCCGCUCCCGGGUCCCAUCUUCGAAGAUGAGGAGGUCGACCAGCCGCAGCCGCACUCAGCUGACUCGUAUGCGGCCGCUGCUGCUGCUGCUGCUACUGGUGGUGGUGGUGCAGAUGAUAGGUGCGCACACACACAUAGACGAUGACCGGUGUGGAUGGACGGGUUCUGUGCAGCAUGGGUGUGUCGUCCCGUGAGGCUGAGCUGCAGCGGCAGAAUGAUGAGCUGGCCAGGCAACUAGAGGAGACCCAGCGGAGGUAGGCAAGCGUACUCACCUGCCCCGGCCCCCCGCACCUGGUGCAAGUGCCAUUCCUUCCUCGCUCAGGUUGGCCGAGUUGAGCGUCCAGCAGCAGCCCCAUUCAUCCCAGCCGCCCUCAUCCAGCAGCUCGGCUGCCCCUCCACCGCUCCCGUCGCCACCGCAGGUGGCCGGCAUUGGUGCCGACGGCGACCUGCCACCGGGCGAGUGUGUGAUAUGUUUCGGGGAGCACGGCGUUGCGUCCAUCAUGUACGUGCCCUGCAAGCACCUGUGUGUGUGCGGCCACUGCUAUGCCGACCGCAGGCGGCGCCACGAGGCUCGGGUGCGGCGGCACAACGCCCGUGCUGAGAGCGAGGCUGACAAGCGGUCCAUCCCCAAGUUCGAGUGUGACAUCUGCCGCAAGGAGGUCGACUACGCCGGGACUCGAGCGGAAGUGCUCCAGUGGAUCGGACAGCCAUUCACCUAG